GUUCAGAAGCCGUUCCAACUACCUUACCUGACAUUCAUUUGAAAACUUUUUUUUUGCUCCAACGCACCUUUUCCCCAUUCUUUCUACUUUUCACGCUCUCCUUCUCUUUUCUACUUUUUGAUUCACCUUUACCGGUAUGGACUAUCGGCCGUGUACGCCUGUGAGGCACGAUGGCCCUAUCUCCCACUCGGUAUACCCAAAUAUUUACUUCACUCCCGGGCGUUACUCCCCCAGGCCCACCCAACCGCAAUUGCCUACUCCAUCCCACAUGAUUACCCCUGGCCCCAUGGCUCCAUUUUUUCGUCACAACCGUCUCCCUAAAGCCAAGGAUAUUACUUCCGUUAAUGAGGAGCAGGUUGCACCGAUUGGAAAUCCUAAGUCGGCAUACACUCAGGAAUUUGUACGGAGGUUCAAGGAGUGGCAUACCGGAAAAGGGGUCCUUAGUUCUCCUGAGGGUAGGGAGAACGUAUUGACUCUGGAAAUCACGAUGCCCCAUUUUCUCGAUUUCAAGAAAGCCUUGGAUAUAGACAAUGAUGAAAAGUAAGACUCUAUUCCUCCUCUCGUAAGAUAUUUACUCAACAGUGCUAGGUUUCCAAGAUAUUCAUACGACGCGUCAUCCUCACUGCUUACUAUCCAAUGCACACCUAGCCCUAUUCAUGAACAGAUCGUGUCCACUGUUUCGGAGGGGUUUACUCUCGCACGUAGGAGUCUUCCAACCAGCCUUCGCAGGAUGAUUCAUAUCGUAGGAAACCAACAGUUUACCGACUUCCAGGGGGCAUACGACGGGUCCGAGAAAGCCCCUGAUACCGCGGUUAAGGUUACGGAUGCUACUGGAGCUGUGGAGGUGAAGUUUGUCCUCGAAGUUGGCCUUGCAGAGACCUACGCCAUGUUGGUUCGCGACGCCAAGAUGUGGAUCGAGGGUAGAGAGGCUGCUUCCAUAGUUAUGAUUGUGAAGAUGGAGGAAACCCCAGUCUACAAAUGCCCAACUCGAAAUCUCAGUGAGGAUGAGUUUUCCGAGCUAGGAUUUCCUCCGAGGACGGAAAUUGAUGUGAAAAACUUCACGCUUGGAGGUCCAUAUGGGCCAGCUUUUUACAAGGGGUUGCGUUGGGUUGGGGGGGUGACUGGUUUCAUGGAGAUCUGGAAGAGAGAUCCUGUCACCCGAUUGGCUACACGUACGUCCUCGGAUCGCAUAGUAAGUUACUCCCGAGACAUUGUUUGGAUACACCCCUUCCGUUCUGUGUCUUCACACAAAGUUACUAUUUCCCUUCUGUGCAAAACCCGACGAGCACCACUUUUUUAGAGCUGAAAUGGUUGCUUGUUUGUCAAGCCAGCCCUCAAUGCCACUGAAGUGGUUCAAGCUGACCUGUGUAGAACCUCCUCAAUAUGGCCAAUACGACGUAUACUCACUUUUGGCUGCAUGACUUUGUUGAUAUCUCUCCGGACAAUGAUCAUCACAUUCCUAUCGACUGGGGUGACUAUAUCAGCAACCUCGGACUCUAUAUCAAAGAGCUAGCCGCUGAUAGGUGCCGCCGAACACUAAGAGGCCGUGAGGGACGGGAAACUAUGUUAGACGACGACUACGAACCUUAAACUAUUGUAUCUGCAUCUUGGGCUUUCUGUGGUGAAGUUGCGGGACGGCUGUGGAUGGUUAGUGUGGCCUAUGCGCAGAGGUAAAAUGCGUGGAUUGGGAUUCUUGAGGGUUGAAAAAACUUAUUAUUAGUUAGACCAAUAAACAUGAUGUUUCACCUG